UUGAAGCCCUAACGUGGCGUUGCCUGUUGCUCCUCCAACCUGUGGAACCUGAUCCAAUCAAGUCCUGCUGCUGCUGCGGAUGGAUAAACAAUACGUGCUUUCUUACCAUCAAGACCCUCUGCCAGGUGCACAGCCUUGACAAGUAUCAGUGCCAUUACAAUUAUCAACAUGAAGACCGAGAGGGAGGACAGCAUUCUUCAGGCUCUCCUCUUGAUCCACAUCCCUGUGGCCUGCCUCUUUGCUGCAGUGUCAGCUCAGGCUGACAGCAGCAGCAGUGUGGUGGUGGCAGGUUACAAUGUGAGCGCCCCCGCUGGGUCGAGGGUGCUGCUGCAGUGUGUGAGCGGACGCAUGGUGUGGACCAGGGACAGGGUGAGGGACAGGCAGAGGGUGGUCCACUGGGACAUGUACCGGGCCCGUCCUGACUACGCCAUGGAGAGGGUGCUGGACAUGUACUCUGCAGGGGACCAGAGGAUCUACAACUCCUACAACCAGGGCAGGGUCGGCCUCAGCCCAAGAGCCUUCAAGGAUGGGAACUUCUCUCUGAUCAUCAAAGAUGUGACGAUGAAUGACAGAGGUCUGUACUCUUGUAACCUCCACCAUCUCUACUGCCACCUGUACGAGACAAUCAGAGUGCAGCUCAACGUCACAAAAUCACGUCGUAAAGAGCAGCGCUUCUGGGAUGGGCAAAAGGCGGUGUACGUGGUGCUGCUUGGUAGUACUGUGGUGCUACCGUGCGUCAACCGCCGUAAUGUGUGGACAGACUGGAGCAACGAGGAGGAGGACCAGCAGGUGGUCCACUGGGACCGUCAGUCCCCUGGAGUCCGCCACGAUCGUGCUGACCGGCUGGUGGACCUGUACGCCUCUGGGGAGCAACGUAGCUAUGGACCACUGUUCCUCCAGAGGAAGAUGAACAUCAGCAACCAGGCCUUCUCAGAGGGAGACUUUUCACUUUCCAUAUCUGAUCUGCAGCCCACAGACCAGGGGAUGUAUUCCUGCCACCUCCACCACCAUUACUGUGGCCUACAUGAGAGAAGAGAGUUUCAGGUCACAGUGGAAGCACCAGUGAUUCAGACCACCCUGCCAGCCAAAGCACUGCCCAGUGAGGACAAAGACACCACUAAGGCUGAAUCACCGCGAGUCAUCAAUGUUAUCCUGCCAGACCAGAGACACCACUUUCUCCUGCCACUGGGCUACGUCCUCACCUCCUUCCUGCUGCUGGCAUUCAUUAUCCUCAUCAUCAUCCUCAUCACACGCAGACGGAAGAGCAAAGAGUAUCAUCCACAGGCAUCCAUGAGGUCCAGCAGGAGUCAGAGCAGCUCCGAAGAGUUUGAGAUGGACGUUACUGAAGUGAAUGAGUGCACUCAGGAGGAGAGGAGAUUCGACUACAAGAACAACCUGUUGAAAGAGAAGGUCCACAUGAGCACUCAGCCUAAAGUCAUUGAUCUUGACAAAGAGAUGGAGAAAUUUUCUAAGUGAGGAAAAGACAAAUUCUGGAGUCACUGGCUGGUCCAGAGGCUGCGCUCCAAACUAAACACCUCCACACUGCCUUCUGUCCCGGCGGGAGAGACGGCGACAGACAAACUGUUGUGAAAUGCAGAACACCAGUACAAACAGCUCACAUUGAGGCCUUGUGUUUUCAAAUUGUCAGUAUUAGAGACAAAGAAAAACUGGUUUUGUUUUCUGUAAUUGUACUUGAUCAAACUAAACAGACUGGACUUGGACUACUGUGCACGGCACCACAGCGCCACCCAGAGGGGAGACUAAACCGAGCCUUGACUGUUAAAUGAUGGAGUAAUGUGUGCACAAAUAGAAUAAAGUUGUGAUUGAGUGAAUUUGAAUUAUCAGUUAUUACAGCUUUGAUCAUUAUUCCUCAAGUUUAAAGAAUACUUUCACUUUGUUCUUCUCUGUUUUACUCACAUAUCCAUCUUGGCUUAACUGACUGGACUGAAGUGCUACUGUCAGUGUGUACUGCUUCCUCAAGGCUAUGAUUAACUGUAUGCUAACUGACCCAUCAAGCUGUAUAUGUACAAAUGAUUUAUUUGAUGCUCAGACUGUAUUUUUUUGUGGACUGUAUUAAAAUUCAAUG